AUGUCUGACAUGAAACCAACAUCCUCGGCUCUGGAAGACUUCUUCCAAGCCAACUCGAUAAAAUAUGUCCUUCAAUCCUCAGCUGAAUAUGCCCAAGCCCGUACAGUCUUCAACGCAAGCCGCCCCGACAACCCUCUUGCAGUGGUGUAUCCCCAAACCGCGGGCGAGAUAUCGACCUUGAUAAAAUAUGCCCAAGCCAAUUCGAUCCCCUUCACCCUCCGCACCGGAGGUCACAAUCUUGAAGGCCGAACUCUAGUCGAGGAUGCCCUCGUAAUCGAUCUCCGAGCGCUAAACAAGGUCUCCAUCUCCGAGGACCGACAAUCAGCCACUAUUCAAGGCGGAACUCUCCAAGGAGAAGUAGGCAGCCACCUCUGGGCCGAAGGGCUCGGUACACCCCUCGGCUCGGUCCCAUCCGUUGGCUACGUCGGCUGGGCCACGUACGGCGGAUACGGAGCCUUUUCCUCGCAUUGGGGUCUCGGCGUGGACCAGAUCUUAGGCGCGACGGUCAUGAACCCGGACGGGGAAAUUGUCACAGCAGAUGAGACCAUUUUGCAGGGGAUCCGCGGCGCCGGGGGUCUCUUUGGCGUUAUUCUCGAUCUUACGGUCCAGGUCUACCCCCUGAGCAAUCUCCUCGCCGGGGCCAUCUUCUUCGAUCCCAGCGAUAUAGAAAAGACCUUUGUCGACUUCAACGCUGCUUACCAGUCACUUCUUGAUACUGAGGGGUUGCCACCACAACUGACAUUACAACAAAUGGCCGUCAACGCCCCACCGGGGCGUAUGUUUGGCGUGGGGUUUGUUUGGAGUGGAGCUGAUAUGGCGGAGGGCCAGCGGUGGAAGGAAAAGAUUGCGGGCUUGGCGCCUCUGAUGAUGAACACCGUUGCUCCUAUGGCUAUGCCGGACUGGUUUGCUGGCAAUGGGCGCAUGAUUCCUGAGAGAGUGUUUGGGUUCGGCAACUUUACACACAGUGUGCAUUCGAUCUCGCCGGCUGUGGCUGGAAUUAUUGGCCGGCGUUUGCGGGACAUGCCGCAGAAUCCGGAGUGUAUGCUGUCUGUUCACCAGUUGAGGGGGCCUUCCACUAAGCCCCAGGAUCGGGCUUCGGUUUUUGUUGCUCGGGAGCCGCAUUUCAUGUUGGAGAUUCUGGGAUUCUCCUCGGCUGAUGAGCAAAAGCUGGACGGGGAAACUUGGGCGAAGGGCAUUCUUCGUGAGAUCGAGACCGUCGAACCGGGGAAUCUGUUGGCUACGCCUUAUAUUUCCUUGUUUAAUACUCAGGGCAAGCAGGCGGAGGAGGUACUUGAGAAGCUCUAUGGGCCAAUGUCGACUGUCGUGAGGGAUCUCAAGCAUGGCUUUGAUCGAGACAAUGUGUUUAAUUUGACCGUACCGGCGCUGCAAUGA